AACAUGGAUGGGAAAUUGAAGAAGGGUCGUAGAUGCCGGCCCAAACGAGAAAGGGUGCGGAGGUUGCGGGAGCCAGGGAGCAGGGACCCCCUUAGCCCUGACCCCAACUCCCCGUUCUCUGACAGGGAGGGACACAGUCCCAGGAGGGACGCUAAGAGGGGUCCGCACUCAGCAGCGGCUGCCAGAGCCCCGCGCACCCCCCGGCGGAAGAGACGGGAGUCCAGCUCACAGGAAGAGGAUAUCAUUGAUGGAUUUGCUAUCGCCAGUUUCAUCAGUCUGGACUGUCUGGAGAAGAAAUCAGGGCUACUGAAAACACAGGAGAAGGAGCGAUGGAAGGAGAAGAGGGUUGUAAAACGGACAAAAACCGAAGAUGAGGAGGUGGAAGAGGAAGAGGAGAAUGUUCAGCCUUUUGUCGAUCCACUGGAGAAAGGAUUCUUUCAUCAUGCCCAGCGAGAACAGGAGAGGAUGAACGAGAGGCUUCUCAAAAAAACAUACUCCAAGAAGAACAAAAUGAUCAAACCAUUACUGCUCCGUCCAAUCAAAUUUGGUAAGGACGAGACAAUGCCGGACUUCAGCCUACCUCACAGGAGCAACACCAAGGACCAGCUGAAUGAGAGUUCCACUCACUCGUUGUCAGGCUGGGACUACUCGGUGCCGCCAGCAUCAGUGACCCUCCUCAAGUGUGACAGCGAGAGUGACAUUGACAACAAGGUGUCUGAUGUAGGAUUAGAAAAGAUCUUUUCUUCUACCACACCCAAAGGUGUGCCAGCGAAUGAGAGUCUUGAGUCCAAGAGUUGUAGCUCAACCAAAGUGUCCGGUCUCCGGCGCAUCCGGGAGCAGAACAAUAUUGAGGUUCCAUUUGCACCACCACUGCCCAGCCCUACCCCGGCCUCAGCACCCACUGGCUCCCCAGCCCCAGCUGCAGCUGCGGCUCCCCCAGAACCUCCUCGAUCUCGCCUCCUGACGCCUUCUCCUCUCAGCGUCAAGAGGGAGCCACAACUUCCACCCCCUGUCCCUUCCCCUUCCCAGCUGAGGGCACUACCUCAGUUCUACCCUCCACACCCACACUCACAGCAGGAGCCCUGUGUCCAUCCACCCCCACAGCAUCCCUCCCGGCCAAUCAUAAGCCAUCAAGCGCACCACCCUCUGCAGUACAGCCUCCCCAGCAUCAGCCACCAGAGCAGUCCACUACUUCCUAAACAUCAUCUCUCCCCAACACAACACCACCCACUCAGUGGGCUGCCAUCCUCGGCUCCCACAUUGCCUCUGUCUAUAGCCAACCUCUCUACCUCGCACUAUUCCUCCCUACGGAGCCCGGCACAUCGCCAUUCGGCCAUGUUUGCAACCCCAGCCACACUGCCUCCACCACCAACCUUACCUACCAACAGUUUAGUGGUGCCUGGGCACCCAGCGGGUACCCCCUACCCAGAGCAUGAUCUACUGCGGCAGGAGCUGAACAACCGAUUCCUGGUUCAGAGUUCGGAGCGGGGCCGGGGGCCACCCGCCUCGCCGCUGGCCCCCGUGUCGCUCCUGAGGGCCGAGUUUCACCAACACCAGCACAUGCACCAGCACCAACACACCCACCAGCACACCUUCACGCCAUUCCCUGCCAGUCUGCCCCCGGCCGCCAUCCUCACCCCGCCCACCGCACCUCCCAUGGUGCGUAACCAAGUCAGAAAUUUUGACAAAUACACCCCUAAACUGGACAAUCCGUUCAUCAGACAUCAUUCAAAUUUCUUCCCCUCCUAUCCCUCUACCAUGCCAGGCAUGCCCCCACUGCUCCCUCACUCAGGACCCUUCAGCUCACUGCAGGGAGCCUUCCAACCCAAGGCGUCCAAUCCCAUUGAUGUAGCAGCACGUCCUGGAGCAGUACCUCACACACUCCUUCAAAAAGAUCCAAGGAUAACUGACCCAUUCAGGACAAAUGUUCGAAAACCUGGCAAGUGGUGUGCAGUGCAUGUCCAGAUCGCAUGGCAGAUCUACCACCACCAGCAGAAAAUGAAGCAAAUGCAGCUGGACCCCCACAAGCUAGACAUGAAUGGAAAACUGGACCUCUUCAGCAGACCCCCGGUCCCGGGUGUCUUUCCAGGGUUCCCGUAUCCUCAUGACCUGGCACGACCCCUCUUCUCCUCCUCCGGCUCAGGCCACCCAGCUCCCUCUCCGUAUGGCCCCACUCCUCACCCUAGUGGUUUUCUGCCUCCUACCCAUUUGGCUGGUAAGUAUCCUUUCAGUCGCUCCAGUUCCUUUGGCGGCCUCGGCAACCUUUCAAGCAGUGCCUUCGGAGGAUUAGGCAACCCCUCGCUUGGGUCUAACAGUAUGUUUGGCCCCAAGGAAGGCCCUGGAGGACUGCCUCCAUUUAGCAGCCCACAACAUGAUACCUGGAACAGGCUACGACGAACGCCACCGUCUUUCCCCACCCCGCCGCAGUGGCCUAAAACUGCAGAUCCUGAGAGGAGCAGCUCCGCCAACAGCCACGAGCGGGAACGAGAGCGGGAACGUGAACGGGAAAGAGAUAAAAGAGACUCAUCCAUCGGAAAAGAUGAGAAAGAUAAAGACCGAGAUUCGGUGGAUCGCAAUCGCCACUCCAACCGGUCAUCUCCAGCCUCCGCACCAGUCAGCUACCAGAUCAGCAAUUUAAUUCGCUCCAACAGCCAGAACAGUGAUCCGGGACGGCAUCACAGUGGCAGCCUAGAUCGUGUGCGCGAGGCGGAAAAAGAGCUAUUAGAACGGCAUAGAGACUCCUCCGCCCUUGUUGACGUCAAAAUAAAAGAAAGCCGCUCGCCUAGCAAGGAGAUACUAGAGAGACGAUCUUCCGAGGACUCUGUUGUACCAUCCCAGCGUUCUCCCUCUCCAUACUCCAAGGCAGUGAUCAAUGAGCAAAGCAUGAAGAUGGCGGGCGGGCCCCCACCGACACUCAAAGAUAGUGAGAGGAAAGAGCCUCCAACUGGGGAACAAUUUCACAAGGUCAAAAAUGACAUGAAGAUCAAGGAAGAGAGAAAGGAGGAGCAGGAAGUUAUGGUGGUGAGUUCUGAGCCAGCUUCCCAGCCUCCAGUGCAAGUGCAGUCUGCUCUCAUUGCCCAGCCUGGUAAUCCACACCACCACCACCCUCCUUUGUCUCAGCAUCCUCAUCUUCCCUCCCCUCGUGGCAGUGACAUUCCAGCACCGAGUUUGCAUGGUGUUCCCAUGGCACACUCACUACCCCUUUCCAUGAGUGCCAUGCCCCAAAUGGGCAGCUUAAAUGUUCUCGAUCGUGCUCGCAUGGCUCCCUUCAUGGGAGUCAGCCCGCUGGCAGGAAGAGAGCGCCUACCCCACCCGGCGUUCCCUUGGGACCCGCUCCGAGAAGCCUACCGCAGCUUGGACCUGCAGAGGCGCAUGGACUUCCAGCUCAGGGCCGAUCAAGGACAUCGUUUCCCCAGUGUGUACGAACAGGAGCGGGCCUACCGCGAGCGUGAGGCUCACGACUACUCUCACCACGAGCACCUUUUGGAAGUCCGCAGGGAGCACGAGAGGAUGAGGCAGCAGGCGGAGGAGCGAGAACGCCUCCACCUGCGGGAGGAGCUGGACCGAGCACGGCUUCAUCAGCUGCACCAAUCCCCGAUGGAAGGUCACCUACCGCACAUGCCUCCGUUUAUGCCCCACCUCGGUGGAAUGCCCUACCCCAGACUCAGCCCCUCCACUGGGCACAACGGCCUUCUGAACAGAACGCCUCCUACUGCUGCACUAAGUGCCCCCCCGCCACUUGUGCCAGCCAGCAGUGCCAGGCCAGCCUCCCCCAGGAGGACUACACCCCUCACAAACACCCAGGACCCUCGAGACUAUUCCCCGUCUCGCAAACCCAAAGAGGUAGAGGCACGGUAG